CACAUGUUUUUGUGACAUAUCAGGACAUGAAUUUGUAUAAUGACAAGGGUAUGAAAUGCAAAUACAACUACAAACCCAGUGAUGUUGGGACCACCCUAGCAACCACCCAGAACACCCUAGCAACCACUCAGACCAUUCUGCCAAUCGCACAACAACACCCUAGCAACAACCCAGACAACCUUAAGGACACCCAGAACACCCCAGAGCAACAGCGUAACCACCACCCAGACAAUAGUAAUGUCUAGCAACCACAUAGGAACCAACCAAAAAAAGGUUCAUAAAUCCAGUUGAAGCUCCUGUGCAUCACAGCCAGUGAAGCUUGUUGAACUCUCUGUGUUUCAGCUUCCGAUGAUGAGCGGUGCGUUCAUGGAAGCGUCUCCGCUGGACGACUGCAGCGCGGAGCACUCGCUCUUUAACUCCUCGGCCAGCGUGAACGCAGUGCCUCCUGCAUCCUCAGCGCAGGUCCAGCAGGAGGAGCCGCAGCGCGUGUCCAGCGACGCCGUCUGGCUCUGGAUCGCCAUCUUCGCCACCAUCGGCAACAUCGUGGUGGUCGGAGUCGUCUAUGCUUUCACUUUCUGAGGACGGAACAGCUAUUUAAGACUUAUGGUGAAGACAAAACUAUUAUUUUGCUGUGAGGCUCCACACACACUGAGUCAUGGACACACGAGGAGACGAGCUAAAAGAUUCAACUCACUGAAAGAACUGGACCACCUUAAACAUCUCCAGAGACAUAAGGUGCAGUUCUGAGAAGUGCUAGUCAAUGAU